GUCUAUGGAGGUGCGGAGUACUCCCCCGAAACCUUCAGGAAUGGCGUUUGGACCUACAGUUGGUCCGACAACACAUGGUCCCGGCUGAGCGACAUAUCGCCUCCGCCUGCUCGGUAUGCUCACACCGCAAUUUCGACCAGCUCCUCUAUGUUGGUGUACGGUGGAGUCAUCGAAGGCCAAACUGUUGGACAAUAUGAUUGCUUGUGGCAGUUCUCAUACGAGAGCCAGUCGUGGACGAACACUCAAGAUUGCCAAGACUCGGAGGGAGAUGUGGAGGCUUCUCUCUACGGUUCCGCGGUUCUGGAUCAAUGCCGUAAGAGGAUUCUCUUCUACGGACUCUUGGUCUAUCCCUUUUAUCAAUACGGACUUGAGGCCUAG